CAACGAUGACCGCCUUGGCGCCGCACGCAACGCCCAGACUGCGGCGGAUGUGGUGGUCCUAGCGCCCCUGCCGCCCGCAUUGCAGUCAGGAGUAUCUUCAGCGUGGCCAACUUUGGACCGCGCAGCCCGCUUCUCGCGUCCCGAUUGCCUGUCCAAUGUGAAGAGGCAGGCGUGAGCGAAGCCAGGGAUUCGCACGCCGCAGCGGAAGGCACGCCGUCUGUCCUGCAGUGCGUCGAGAGCCUGGACUUGAUGGACCUCUGCAUGGCUGCACCGGGGACUCGGCAGGAGGAAAAGGUGGCCACGUUGGAACGGAUGGGGCAGCCAGGGGCGCGGCGGUUGAAGCACAUUCGCUGCCGCUGCGACGUGGACCCUGCCUGGACCCUCGAGGUGCUGCGUCGCGCCGCCCCGACGCUGGAGGAGCUUUUCGUGUCGAUGCCCCGAGAGGAGCACCUUCGCACCGUGCACGCCAUGCCGCGGCUGCGGCGGAUGUAUUUGAUCGCGUCUAGUUCGACUCGGCUCGCGCUGCCCGCCCUGCCGCACGGCAGCCUCGAGUGGCUCAGGGUGAGCGGACUGCCCCAGCCCGCCCUGGUGUCGCUGCUGCAGGCCCACGCCGCGUCGCUCCGAGUGCUGUGGCUGGACGUGAGUCGCGGUGCCAAGUCGGGGGCGAAGCCCAAGGCGAAGUUCAAGGCGAAGCCGUUCAAAGUGCUCUUCAAGUGCGACCUCCGCCUCUCGCGGCUCGUGCUGUGGAGUUCAGGCCACCACCAUCCCUCUGGCUGCCCUGGACAGCUAGCCAAGGCGCGUCGCACACUGCCAGGCGCCCUGGUGCAGUGCAAAGACUGUGACCGGGUUCCGUGGGAAUAUCUCUAGACUCGCCAUCUCAAUGUGCAUUUUUGUAACCGCUUAAAAUCGCGUAACUUUGUGGAAAAUUGCGUGCAAAUUUGUGCGGCAAUCACGUUUGCGCCACGCUUCUAAAUUAUACAAGAGAAUAAAAUGUGUGAUCCUUCUGUAUCGUCAAACAUGUUUCCCAGUAUUGUAUGCAAUGUAUUUUGAACUGUAUAGGUACUUUGAAUUGUCUGGCUGUCUUAGCGUGUCUGCGCGUCCAACGGAAUCAGGCGGAAUGUGACGCGAUGACUCACGGAUCAAAUGCCAUCCUUGAAACGCGUUCGUUCAUUUCUUGAAUCAAGUCCGAGGACCACACCGUAAAACUAAACCACUAACGGAAUGAUGAUACGGUGCUCAUAGACUCUAAAAGAUG